AUGCAUUUCCUCGCUGUGAUGAAAAGAUCUCUUUCAGCACAGUCCACAUGCAAGCUGAAGGCCAAGUUCAACCUGAGCGGCUACAAGGAUGUGGAAAAGAAGAAGGUCGUUAUUGGGGGGAUGUUUCCAGUUCACAAGCGUAUUGCUUCCAGUGAUGGCAACACUUCAAGGGUGCCUGUCUCCUCGGGGUGUGAGGGAUUUAACUUCCGUACCUUCCGCUGGACCCAAACAAUGCUGUUUGCCAUCAAUGAAAUUAAUAAGAAGACUGAUUUGCUGCCCAACACUGACCUGGGUUACGUCAUCUAUGACUCCUGCUUCACCAUCUCCAAGGCAGUUGAGGGCACCCUGACCUACCUGACAGGCCAAGACGAAGCUGUACCCAACUACCGAUGUGGCACUGGGGCACCACUGGCUGCUCUAGUGGGUGCAGGGGGCUCCGAUCUGUCCAUUGCCACUGCUAGGAUACUUGGACUUUACCAUUUUCCACAGGUCAGCUAUUCUUCAACUUGCUCUGCUCUGGAGAGUAAGUUCCAGUUCCCCACCUUCUUAAGGACCAUUCCCAAUGACAAGCACCAGUCUUCAGCUAUGGCCCAGGUGGUGCUACAUUUUGGCUGGACCUGGGUGGGUACCAUCGCUGCUGACGAUGAUUAUGGCAAGUACGGCAUCAAGGACUUCAAGGAGCAGGUGGAGGAAGCUGGAGUCUGCAUCUCCUUCUCUGAGACCCUGCCCAAGGUGAGUUCACCAGAGGCCAUCCAGCAUAUUGUCCAAACUGUGGUUGAGUCCACAGCCAAGAUCAUCGUGGUCUUCUCAUCGGACGUGGACCUCAGUCCUCUCAUCGCUGAGCUGCUCCAACACAAUGUGACCAACCGCACCUGGAUAGCCAGUGAGGCCUGGAUCACCUCCGCUCUCAUCAACCAGCCUGGGGUGGGCUCAGUCCUGGCUGGCACUCUGGGUUUUGGGGUGAAGAGGGCCGAUAUCCCUGGUCUUCAGCACCAUCUACUGGAUCUGGACCCCUAUGCCGACUCACUCACAGAGGAAUUCUGGGAGACGGUGUUUAACUGUACGUUGGAUUAUGGCAAAGCACUGAGACUAGCCAAACAGAGGGCCAAAGAGGGAAACAGCACACUAUCCAGAGCAGUGAGGGGGGUACCUGAUGGUCUGUGUACUGGGAGUGAGUCUGUGGCACAACUCAGUAACACCUACUCUGACGUCUCCCAGCUACGAAUCACCUACAGUGUGUACAAAGCAGUGUAUGCUGUGGCCCACGCCUUGCACAACCUGGAGCACUGUGAACACGGAAAAGGGCCGUUCAUUGGGAACAGUUGUGCUGACAUCACUAACUUUGAGCCAUGGCAGCUGAUGUACUACCUGAAGAAUGUGCGUUUCAAAGUGCCGAACACAGAGGAGGAGAUCUACUUUGAAGAGGGGGACGUAGAGGGCUUAUAUGACAUCAUUAACUGGCAGGUCAAUAGUAAUGGGGAGGUAUCUUAUGUCACUGUUGGGAGCUACAAUGGCUCGGCAGCCCUGGAGGACAGAAUCCACAUAAUGAAUGACUCCAUUGUGUGGAACAAUGAGGUGUUGGAGCCUCCUCGGUCAGUGUGCAGUGAGAACUGCCAGCCGGGCACCAGGAAGGGGAUCCGGCAGGGGGAGCCAGUCUGCUGCUUCGACUGUAUCCCAUGUGCUGAUGGAGAGAUCAGCAACAUGACCAAUGCUCGUGAAUGUAUCCUCUGCAGUGGAGACUACUGGUCCAAUGAAGCUCAUGACACCUGUGUACCAAAAAUUAUUGAGUUCCUGGCCUUUGGAGAACCACUGGGAAUCACUCUCAUUGUCAUCUCUGCCUUUGGAGCUUUAGUCACCAUUGCUGUUGGGGUGGUGUUUGUUAUGCACAUUGGCAGCCCUCUGGUGAAAGCCAAUGAUGCUCUGUUGAGUUUCUCACUGCUCUUCUCGCUGGUGGUGACCUUCCUCUGCUCCAUCGUUUUCCUCGGAGAGCCGCAGCACUGGAGCUGCAUGACCAGCCAAGUAGCCUUAGCUCUCGGCUUCGCUCUCUGCCUUUCCUCCAUCAUGGGUAAGACAGCAGUGUUGAUGCUGAGAGCCCAGGCCCUGAAAGCAGCCCGAGCUCGCGCCAAAGCAGCUGCCAAAGCUGCAAAGGCUGCAGCUGAAGAAGCAGCAAACAGUGGCAGUCCUGAUGUCAUUGUAACCAACACAAAUAACAACAAUGAUGUCAAUGCCUGUGCUAACCCUGAAGUUGACAUUGUCACCUGUGCCCACCAGAGGGCGAUAGCUGCUGUGGCAACAUUAAUCCAGGCUAUAGCGUGCACCGUGUGGCUCAUCAUCCUACCUCCACAUCCAAUCAAAAACACCUCUGCCCAGAAUAUAAAGAUCAUUCUCGAGUGUGACGAAGGCUCAGUGGUCUUCAUCUGCUGCAUCUUUGCUUAUGACAUCCUGCUGGCUCUGCUGGCCUUCAUCUUUGCCUUCAUAGCUCGCAAACUGGAGGACCACUUCAGUGAGGCAAAGUGCAUGACAUUUGGCAUGCUGGUCUUCUUCAUCGUCUGGAUCUCUUUCGUCCCUGCUUACCUUAGCACGCGUGGCAAGUUCAUGGUUGCUGUCCAGAUUUUUGCCAUCCUGGCCUCCAGCUUUGGCCUGCUGACCUGCAUCUUCCUGCCCAAGUGCUAUGUUCUCUUGAUAAAACCUGAACGCAACACAGAGGAGAUGAUGAGGCCUCGGGCCAAACCCCGUGACGGGACCUCGACCGGGACCUCAGCCUCUCUCGCUACAGCUGGUACUGAGGUCAAUGCUACAAUUGCAUCCACUGCUAUUGAUGAUUAGGCAAGAAAUUCUAAUAACUAAACUGAGCCACAAAGUUAAAAGAACUGUAAUGUUAAACCAACCAGCUGAUUAGGAUUCCUCGUCUUGCAAGUCAAAUAAUCAUCAUGUUCGGUCUCUGACUAGUAGACAAAAUAUAUCACCCAGAAAAUAUUUACAUGUAUAUUGACUGAAUGUCUGCACCUUUAUACAUGACAG